UAUGAGUCAUGCGAUCCUAUUUGACCACGCUGGUCACCAAUCAGUCUAAUCGGUGAGCCUGUCGCCUUCUUAAAACCAAAGAGGGGACACUGUCAUAUCGCUCGCCAGUGAACGCAAGUUGACUAAUUAACGUUAGCCCUCUCAUGGGGUUGAAUAGACUCAAACAAACAAGUUACUUUUUGAUAUACAACUUAGCUGUCUAGCUAACUAGGUAGCUAACGUUAGUUGUUGUAAUUAGCUAGCUCUGCAUUCAGUUUGUUUGCUAGUCAUUUCAACACACGCUGUUUUGAUUCUUUACCAGCUAACACAGGCAUGGAGCAAGCAAAACAGGAAGCAUUUGACAAAGCCCGGCUGCAGGUCAUCCAGGAUGGCUACGAGCGUGCCUUCGAGUGUAUCAAUGAGGGUCUGUCUGAGGACGAAGCCGGACAUCGAGCACAUGCUUUGAACCUCUACCGCCAGGGCCGGCAGCACCUCCUCCGGGCCAUCAGUGUGCCCUCGCAGGGCCAGGAGUGCGUGGGCAGCUCCUGGGACUCAGCCCGGCAGAUGCAGCAGAAGAUGCAGGAGACCCUGAACAACAUUACCACACGCCUGGCUGUCUUGGAGACGACGGGAGAGCCCGCAGACGGCAUCACUGUUGGGAACGGGGCGACCUCACAGGGCCUCUACCCCAAACUGCUCAAAGAGAAGCCGGUACAGCCGCUUCCCCCUCAGGCAGUGUGCACCAAUGGUCAGCCGGCCGGGGCUCCUCUGCCGGUGUCCCCCACGGCCCCUGCGUCCCCGUCCCUGCGGCCCUCCCAGUCCGAGCUCCCCCCAGCGUACUCUGCUCAGGCCGCUGACGGCCAUACGUCCAUCUCUUACGGCACGGACACUGGCGAGAGGUCCCUGGUGGGGGACGAGUUCUACAGCUACGCGCCCAACACUCCUCCAUCGCCCCAGAGCCUGGGUGAGGAUGGAGAGGAGCUCUUCUUCUUGCCUCAUGGAGUGCAGAUCUUCUUUGUGACCCCGGAGGGGCACGUUAGCGCGCCCUCGUACCCAGGCUACCUGCGCAUCGUCAAGUUCACCAGUGAGAGUUCCGAGAGGAUGCCCCUCCGACCCCCUGCCUUUCUGCAGGUGUGUGACUGGCUUUACCCGCUGAUGGCUACCGAUUCGCCGGUCCUGCUCUGCAACACCGGUGUCUUCAUGUUCCCGGACUUGAUGGCGCAACUGCCGGGCUCCUAUGUUGGGGUGGUGCUUUCGUCCGAGCUGCCCCUGGCUCAGCGUGAGGUCUUCUGCGACCUGCUGUCCCAGAUGACCGACCUCCGAGUGCAGGUGAGCGACACCAGUGCCCCCUCACCAGCCGACGCAGCCCAGGGGUCGCCCUCCGACGCCACAGGCACCACCAUCGCCCCCGCCCUCCCCCUCCCACACAAACAGGCCCCCGGGACAGAAGCGGACACCAUCAACCUAGGCCAGAAGGUGCCUCUGCAGCCCCCGGAGACCACAGUGCCCCCUGAUGGAGAUGAAAAGACACUGCCUGAGUGGAGCGAGAAGGUGGCCCAGGGCAUCCUCACAGGGGCAUCGUGGCUGAGCUGGGGACUGGUCAAGGGGGCCGAGUACACGGGCAAGGCCAUCCACAAGGGGGCGUCGAAGCUGCGGGAUCACAUCACCCCAGAGGACAAGCCCACCCACGUCAGCCCCACCGUCACCAAGAGCCUGCAAGUGGCCAAGCAGGCCACCGGCGGAGCCGUCAAAGUCAGCCAGUUUCUGGUCGACGGAGUGUGCACAGUGGCAGGCUGCGUAGGGCGAGAGCUGGCGCCUCAUGUGAAGAAGCACGGAAGCAAGCUGAUCCCGGAGUCCAUGAGGAAGGACAAGGAUGGCCGCUCCAACAUCGACGGAGCCAUGGUGGUGGCUGCCAGUGGAGUGCAAGGUUUUGCUACUGUUUGGACGGGCUUGGAAGUGGCAGCUAAAGACAUUGCUCAGAACGUUGCAUCAGAGACUGUCACCACAGUCAAACACAAGUAUGGGGCUGAGGCCGGACAGGCCACCGACCAUGCAGUCAACUCAGCCAUGAACAUGGGCAUGACCGCCUUCAACAUCGACAACCUGGGCAUCAAGGCUGUGGUGAAGAGGACCGGCAAGCAGACGGCUGCUGCCCUGCUGGAAGACUACAAGAUCCAGGAGGGCCCUGGGAAAGAGAAACCAGUGGCCAAACCCCAAAAGGAUCCCAAAAAGUCAUGAAUAUCACCCACCACUGACCACAAACCCCUCCUCCUUAUUUCAGUGCUAUUACUCCAUAGAGCCUUACUUUUUUCAUUUGAAAAUAUAUAUCUCUAUUUAAAUAUAUAUAUACACAUAAAUAUACUUAUCAGUAUAGUGACUAUAAAAAGCUGUAAUCUAUAUUCAUAUUUUAUGAGGAUUAUAUAUUUAAAGAAAAUAUUUAUUUGUAUGACUCACAUAUUUUCUACUUGCCUAAUUCUAGUUUGCCGAUAUGCUUUUUUAGAAUUGCAAUGCCAGCCGUGCAAUGUCGCAUCCUGGAGCACUUUAGCCCUUGUAAUGAGGAAAAAAGGACCUAUAGGAUUUAGAUUUUUUUUUUUUUUUUCUAGUCUACACUGUUUUUUGUAAAGUAUCAAUUGAGAUGAUGGACAAAGUGAUGUUUUGAAGAUGUUGUAUGUUGCGAGCCUACCCUUUCUCACCAGAGGGGUGUACACAACGAGAUUACACGCUUACCUAAGUGACUUCAGAGAAGUAAAGGGCCAUUCACACCAAGAACGCUAACUAAAACGAUAACAGUAUCGCUUUAGCUAAAAUUAAUGAUGUCCACACUCACACUUUUAACAAUAACAACAUGAAGAACAAUAUUGUCUGGAAUUACUUUCGGAGUGAUUUUGAGAAUAAGAAACUGACAGCCAAUCAGAAUCCAUCAAAUUUUAGACAUAAGAUCCAUCAACACAAGGAGAGACUUGUCUUGUUGUUGGUCAGUAUGGAAGUUCAUAUAGUUAUACUGUAGGUGUACAGUAGUGACACUUAUCUUUAUAGUUAUCUUUCCUGGUGUGAAUGGCCCUUAGUCACUGUGUGUGUCAGAGAGAGACAUGCGCACUAUAUCAAGAAUCUUUUGAUUCAAAAGUCACAAGUUGUUUUGAGAUGUGUUACUCAUGAAGUUACCUGGGUGACCCAGUGAUCUUGCUUUGUAUUAUAGCCCUCAGGGUUACCACUGACACUUGAGUACAAUGGCCUUAGAUCUUGAAUAUGUCAGAGACAAACAGUAACUACAUUCUCUAGAGCCUUAACACAUUUUAGGUUGAAUUAACUGACUGAUGUUAUUAUGAUCACUAACACCUCAUCUCACUAACUGUAAAUGUCAACGUGUUUUACUGUAAUUUCCGCUGUUAAACUGAUUACAUUAAAUAUAGCUGCCUGAUUAACAUACCCAAUUGUACCAUUUUAAGACCUUUCUAAUAUUUCUAACAUUUUAACCUGGCUUUUUAACCUGUGAAGAAAAAAAGUGUGUAAUUCAGUUAAUGUGUUGUCCUUUUUCAGACAUAUUUGUUGAUGUGUGUGCUAAAAUGGUUAUUCUUGAACUGCAACUUUGAAUGUCCAUUCAUGUUAUGCUCAUCCACAAAAAUGUGUUGCUAAAUUAAAAGUGUCUUUAAGGUGAAGGCAUAAUAAACACCUGUUUG